GGGAUGGCAACCAUGAUUGGAAAAAUAGUUGAAGCCGGGACUGCUCAGCGGUUGGAUCGGCUUGGCCGUGGAACCAGGCACCGAAGGUGGAUACACUGGGGCUGGUCCUCCGUAACGAUAGUUGGUGUCGAGCGGACCGCUAGGGUUCGUCUCGGUUACGAUAGGUGGGAAAGGAAAGUACGGAAGCGUCGAUGUCGCUGAAGCCAAUUCAGUUAGACUCUCUAUUGAGGGUAAUGAUGAUGAGGAGAGUGGUGAUGAAGAAAAAUAGGAAAAAGAAGAAGAAAU